AUGACUUCAAAAUUCGAUGAGCAUCAGUGGAUCCUUCAAAUCCGCCAGAGGCUGGAGGAAAAGCUCGAAGAGGAUGGAGAUAUCCAGCUUGUCUGCAUCUUCAGUGUCCCUAAAUCUCUUUUUUGUCGUGAUCCCCAUUCGUAUAUGCCACAACAAGUUGCUCUCGGACCUUACCAUCAUUGGCGUCCGGAGCUCUAUGGCAUGGAGCGAUAUAAGGUUGCCGCCGCCAAAAGAGUUCAGAAGCAGCUCCAAAGCCAUGAGUUUCAAAAUCUUGUCGAUCAACUGAUCAAGCUGGAAUCGAGGAUUCGAGAAUGCUACCAUAUGUAUAUUGAUUUCAAUGGUGAAACCUUGGCGUGGAUGAUGGCCUUAGAUGCUUCCUUCUUGCUUGAGAUCCUUCAAAGCUAUGGCAUCGUCAAAGAAGAAAGGGAAAUAGUGCGAGUUUCCUCGGGGAAGUCACAGUUGGUAGAUCAUACUCGGAGGAAAUCAGCUUACAACGCGACUCUUAGAGAUAUGAUAAUGCUUGAGAACCAAAUUCCUCUUUUCAUAUUGAGGAAGGUGAUGGAAUUCCGAUUCUCGUCUCAAGAACCUACGGAUGACAUGCUUCUUUCCAUGUUGAUCGGGUUUUGUAACGAGCUUUCGCCUUUCAAGAUGAUGGAAAAGUUUCCGAAAAUCCAAGUUUCAGAUAGUUCCCACAUGCUCGACUUUUUGUACCAUAUCAUCACACCCGAAGUCGAAGAACCAUCUGUUGCAAUCACGGUCGAAUACCAAGAUGAACCAAAAGAAGAGAAAAAUGGAUGGUUUGGGGAUACAAGUUACAUAAAGCAACUCUUUGAGCAGACAUGGAACUUGCUUUCAAGAUUAAACAUUGGUCUAAUACAAUCCAUAAGAAAAGUGUUGACGUCAGGAGCAGUUAAAGUCAUACUUAAAGCACCUUGGAAACUCAUCUCUAACCUUCCUGGCUUUACCUUCUUGAAGUUAGUUGUUGAAUAUUUAUUGUUAGCCCAAGACAAAGAGGCAGUGAAACCAGAAAAUGGGAGCUCUAGCUCCAAUAGUAACAUUUACAAGCCCCCAUUAGUGGAAGAAAUAGCAAUACCUUCUGUCACCCAGCUCUCAAAAUCCGGAGUUCGCUUUUCGCCCACAAAUGGUGGCAUAUCAACCGUUGGAUUUAACAUUAAAACGGCUACAAUUUACCUCCUUAUUGUCAGUGUAGAUGUAAACACUGAGGUUGUUUUGAGAAACUUGGUAGCAUACGAGGCAUCGAAUGCAUCGGGGCCGUUGGUUUUUACCCGUUACACAGAACUAAUGAAUGGGAUAAUCGACACGGAGGAGGAUGUGAGACGACUUCGAGAAAGAGGGAUCAUUUUGAACCAUUUGAAGAGUGAUCUAGAGGUGGCCAACCUGUGGAAUGGUAUGAGCAAGUCCAUCAGAUUGACAAGAGUGCCAUUCCUGGACAAGGUGAUUGAAGAUGUGAACAAGCACUACAACAGCAGAUGGAAGGUAAAAGCUGAUAAAUUUAUGAAGCGCUAUGUGUUUGGCUCAUGGAAAAUUCUCUCAUUGUUGGCUGCAAUUAUGCUUUUGCUGCUAAUGAGUUUCCAGGCUUUUUGUUCUGUGUACAACCCUCGUAUAUUUCAGGUCAAAAGCACUUGA